CUGCAAUUACGUCUCGUCUGCAAUUGAAAAACAGGUUCCUUCCGCUUCCACUUCUCGGAGUUAUAUAUAUAGAUAAACGUUGACUAAUAUAAGUGAUGUCAUUGUGGUGAACGAGUACCACAUCUGUCGGUAAAACUCCGCCUUCUUAGUUUUUCCAGAGAUACGGCUCUUAUUUGAGCACGUGAACGAAACACUUUCGCAGUGACAUUGUCUAAGAUGUUUUGGGCACAUGUGAGUUUUGUACAUUUUUGUGUACAGAUUUUGAUUCUUGCUCUGAUAAUCAUGCAGCACAAUCCGUCGGCGUACAAUAUUAAUACAUUCAGCGCCAAGAUAUUUAGGAAUCCUAUGCACGUGUCGACUGGACGUAGAAAUUACUUCGGAUUUUCGGUAGCUCUGUACGUGGGUACGAGCGAAUCCUUGUUACUCGUCGGAGCUCCGCGAGCGAACUCAAGUGGAUUACCAUUCGUGACAGAGCCGGGAACGGUCUUCAAGUGUUCGAUGAAUGGUGUAUGCAAGGAGUGGGUGAUUGAUAGGACUGGAAACGGUCCGCAUCCUCGUGAGAGAUUGAUUAAUCAAAUAAAGGAUAACGCUUGGAUCGGUGCCACCAUUGCCGUGCAGAAUAAUACGAAGGCUAGAGUUAUGGUUUGCGGACCGCGAUGGAUAAAUAAUAUCAUAAAUGAUAACAGGCCGAAUUGGUAUAUGAACGGCAUUUGCUAUGCGACACUGGCUAUUAACGCUAAUGCUUUUGAGAGACAAGCGGAUGAGCAUCUCUUACCACUUUCAAACUCUGGAGAUCAAAUUACGUCCAAGAAUAACAUAAACAUUUACAAUUAUGGGGUGGGACAAGUUGGCUUCUCUUUGCACAUGAAUUCACGAUAUAUCGUGAAUGCCGUGAUGGGUAGUCCAGGCAUAUACAACUGGAAAGGCGACGCGAUAUUAACUGUUGCCUCGAUGGAUGGUCCAUUCUCACGCACGGUGAUUCCCUCGCUUGCUAGAGAGCAACGGGUUCACAGUUACAAUUAUUUCGGCUACGCUAUCACAUCGGGUACUUAUUUCAAUGAGCAAAAUGUUUGGUAUGCGUCUAGUGCGCCGCAAGGCGCCAACAUGUACGGAAAAGUCCUAAUAUUUACUUUUCCUCCUAAAACUAAUCAGCGUAUGUUUAUUAAAACGAUAUUGUAUGGUCAACAUUAUGGCGAAUACUUCGGUGCUGCGCUAACAUCAUGUGACGUCAACAAUGAUCAUAAGCAGGAGUUGAUUGUUGGUGCACCGCAAUGGUCCAGAGAUAUGGACGAAGGUCGCGUCUACAUCUUUACAGCGCGACAUAAUAAUAAUUUUGAAGAACUGCAGACGCUCGAAGGUGCGAUUGUUGGAGGCAGAUUCGGAUCCACCGUGAUGUGCCUGGGUGACCUCGAUUACGAUGGUUACGGUGACAUUGCAGUAGGUGCACCUUAUGAGGAAGAGAGCGGCGGGGCAGUAUACAUAUUCAAUGGAAAUAGAAACGGUGUCUCUCGGAGUUAUAGCCAGAGACUUGUCGGCUCGCAAUUCUCUCCGGCGAUGCGAGGGUUCGGUAUCUCCAUCUCGGAACCCCGAGAUGUGAACCGCGACAAUCAUUCCGAUAUUGCUGUAGGCGCGUACCUGUCCGACGAGGUGAUCCUAUUGAGAUCCGCGCCAGUCAUCACGGUAAAUGUGACACUGACGUAUCUGCAAAAGAUCAAAUUGCUAAGAAAUACCACGUUCUUCAAGAUUGACAUCUGGAUGUCAUAUGAUGGCACAUACGUACCCGAGUAUCUGCAAGUUACCGCAGUCCUGAAAAUCGAUCCAUUGCACGGCAGGGCCACGUACCAGGCGCAGAAAAGUGAUAACGGAUUACAGACCUACAGAUUGCCUUACACGCUAUUUAAAUCUACGAUUACGAGUAAUUUGCUUGAUAUACAUUUAACGAAGAAUAUUCAGAAUAUAAUAGAUCCGCUUGAGAUAUCGGUGUCAAUGCAAUUAGAAAAUGAUCUUCACGCGAAAAAUGAAAACUCAUUAUGCGCAUCUUGUGUCGUGAUAAAUAAACUCCGUUCGAAAACCGAAGAUUUCAUAAAGCUACCGUUUGCCGUGGACUGUGGUGAAGACAAUAUAUGCGUUUCCGAUCUCGGUGUGAUCUUAUCCACCGAUUCUAUUCCGGGCAACAGGUACAUUAUUGGCUCGACACCGAUAAUUACUCUGUACGUUGACGCUUACAAUCGUGGCGAACCGGCGUACCAGACCAAAGUGCGUAUCUUUACCGAUGUCUUGGCAUUAGCGAGUAUUCCGCCCGAGUGUACGGAAGAUCCUCGCACGAGCAGUACGCUGGAUGUGAUCUGUGACGUUGGUAACCCUCUUAGAACGAAUAAAACAUUAAUGCUGCAACUGGAUAUGAGUAUGGUGAGGUAUGAUGUUAAGGAGAUGGAAAUACAAGCGAACAUCACUACUCAAAGUGAAGAAGCAAACUGGAGUGACAAUAGUUAUACCAUCAUCGUGUACUUUGACACCGACAUUGACAUAGCGAUCGCUGGAAGAGCACAGGAGAAUUUGUACUCGUAUCUACGCGAGAACGAGGAAAAACCGUUAAACGACAUUAAGUUUCAACACUUUUACGAAGUGCAGAAGUUCGGCGCUAGUCCUAUUGAAGAAGUAAUGUUGACCGUGAAAAUUCCAAUGUACUUCCGCCGAAACGAUGCUGAGAACGUAAUGAUCGUCAGUAUCAACGAUACCGUUAGUAGAAUGGAUGGGUAUCAAUUUUAUUGCAGCGAUUCGAAUCAAACCGAAGUAAUUUCCGUCGUGUCUAACAAGAUCGCAUCUAAGGAUGAUGUAAUCGUGAUGAACUCUUCGAUCGUCACGAGCAAUAACACGCACGCAAAAUUCAGCAUAGAAGAAAACACACCGAUGAACGUGCCAUCUGAAAACAGAACGCUCUACAUUAAUUGUACGAAUAAUGCGAUUGAAUGUGUACAAAUCACUUGCAGAUUGGGCCCGUUCUUGAGUUCUCUGUCUGUUGCGAAAUUUUUAGUGACGUUAAAUCUGCAGUUGUCGAGUUUUCCUGCUGAUAUGCUGAAGCACAAAGAUAUCAUAUUUUAUGUGACUGAAGGUAGCGUUACCAUAACGCAACCUGAUAAUGUUGCUCAAAGAGAAGGUCACAAAUCAGAUGUCAUUUUGGUUGCAACAACAUUUUUAGGUUCGCCGAUAGCUCAGCAAAUAGCGGUGUGGAUAAUAGCGCUAUCGGUGAUUCUCGGAGUUGCAUUAUUGACAUUAUUAGUACUAGGUUUAAUAAAGAUCGGUUUUUUCAACAGAAAGAAGAAAUUGGAACUUGAGGCGUUGAAAGCUGAGACUGAUAAAAAGUACAAUGUGGUACUGGAAACAACAUCUUCGACAGAAGCUCUUGAUCACGACUGAACACGCACAAAUGAGAAUUAUAGAACAAUACUCAAUUUUAAUUCUUUUUUUAUUUAUAAUGUAUAUUAUUAACUGGCAAAUAGAACUGUUCAUGGGCGUAUCCAAGAAUGAGUUUCGGAAAUUCAACUUUCUGCUUUUCGAGAUAUUUUAUAACUGUAAAAUUUCCAUUUUUAAUUAUACAAUUUUGGCUUUGAA